AGUCGAUUUAAUGUUAGCCAGUGUGACUACUGGCUACUGACAGGUCAAUAGUUGGGUGGAGCAUUUCUCAGCGUAGCUGGAAACGCAGUCAUCACCACACUUCGAAUAUAUGUUGACAAAUAUUUCUUUACAGUGAUUAUAAAGUGUACGUGUCUACUAAAUUGAGUACAAUAUAUAUAACACAAAAAGUAAUUCGAAAAUGGCUGAAGAAUCCACCGUAUCCACCCUCCUUACAAGAUUGAAGGGACAUCUUAAAGAAGCGCCGUUCUUUUGUAAAAUUAUCGAACUGAUUUUGUGCGUCAUUGCGACGGGAUUAGCGGUAGCACCCUUUCAAGACAAUCAAAUACGUCCAACUGAUAUACACCAUAUAGCGAUAUUUCAUGUGGCAGUGUGCGGUUAUAUUCUUAUAAACGCGAUUCUUAUCACGAGCCAUUUAUUAGGCGAACGAGUGCCGAAAAAAACGGCUCUUAUUUUUACGGCGAUGGGGGCGAUUCUGUGUUGCACUGCCGGCCUCAUUCUAAUUCGCGACUGGGACAAUUUCUCAACUAAUAUAAUUCACGCGUAUCUGGAGGAGUACAGCGAUCAAAUGGUUGCAGCUGGUUCUUUCGCGGUCAUAGCUGCAGCGGUAUUCGCUGUAGAUACGUACUUCACUAACAAAUACGACUGAUCAUCCAGAGAAUUAAUUACGAGUAUUACAAAAGCGAGAGUCAAUCAUGUCGCGUUUCCUAUUCCAUUUUCACAAAAAUACAUAUUAUUUCAUUAACCAUUGUUAGAUGUUUUAUAUCAACUUUUUGCGAAAAAAUAUUCUUGGCUUCUUGCAUACCUUUACUGGUAUAUCGUCAUGUCGUAAAUAUAAUAACAAACUGAAUAAAUAUCGAACAUAAUGUCGAUAAGUAUAUGUAUGGAGACGCUAUAUUAUUUUAGAAUAACUGUAUCCAUUCCAAUCAAGCAAUGUUUGUAAUUGCUCUUUAUAUAUUAUCAAGUAUAUUAUUUGUAAUUAUAUAUUGUAUAUAUACUAUAUUUUAUAUGGAACAAUGCUUACAAUAAAUAAUUGCUAGAGCA